CUCCCCCAAUCUCCUGCUUCUUCCCUCGCUCCGCCGCUGUUCAUUUCACACUCAACCUCUCCUCACAUCUGGAUCUAUCCAUCAUCUUCCAAGACUCUUUCCCCGCGCAUAGACGAAGGGGGAAUGCACGCAGCAUGUUGCAGGCUGCGGCACUUUGGCUUUUGACACUUGCCACCCGGCUGCCCGAGACAAGUCAGGGUCCCCAUCAACGCUUUUUGCUCAGGGAGCUGCUGAGGGAUUAUAACCCCAUGGAGAGGCCCGUGGCCAACGACUCCCACGGCCUCACCGUCCACUUCUCCAUCACUCUCAUGCAAGUCAUGGAUGUGGAUGAAAAGAACCAGAUCCUCACCACAAAUAUCUGGCUGCAGAUGCAGUGGUAUGAUCAUUACUUGCAGUGGAAUCAGUCAGAGUACCCUGGAGUUAAAAACCUUCGCUUCACUGCAGAUCAAAUAUGGACACCUGACAUAUUGCUUUAUAAUAGUGCUCACGACAAGUUUGACAGCACCUUUAAGACCAACGUGUUGGUAAACUCCAGUGGCUUCUGUGAGUAUCUGCCUCCAGGAAUUUUUAUCAGCACGUGUAACGUGGACGUACGCUGGUUCCCCUUUGAUAUUCAGCGAUGCGAGCUGAAGUUUGGCUCCUGGACGUUUGACGGCUGGUUGCUGGACAUCCAGAUGAAGGAGGCAGAUGUGUCGGGAUACAUGCCCAAUGGAGAGUGGGACUUAUUGGAGGUGCCCGGCGGUCGCCACGAAGUUUUCUACGAAUGUUGCGCAGAGCCUUACCCGGACGUGACCUUUGUGGUCACCUUACGCCGACGGACCCUCUACUACGCUCUCAACCUUCUCAUUCCCUGCGUGCUCCUCUCGUCCAUGACGCUAUUGGUCUUUCUGCUCCCGGCCAACUCUGGCGAGAAGAUCAGUUUGGGCAUUACUGUUCUACUUUCUCUGACAGUCUUCAUGUUGAUGGUUGCUGAGAUCAUGCCCGCCACUUCGGAUUCCAUACCGCUCAUAGGGCAGUAUUUUGCCAGCACCAUGGUGAUUGUUGGCAUGUCCGUCGUGGCUACGGUCAUUGUUCUUCAGUUCCAUCACCACAACCCCAACAAUGGCCAAAUUCCACAUUGGGUGAACUUGGUUCUGCUGCAGUGGGUUCCUUGGUUUCUCCGGAUGAAACGACCAGGCGAGGGAACCGAACAAGAUCUUUCCCACAGCCAGGCAGACGCUCAAAGCAAGACCCUGUCUUCACCUGCCACCCAGCUGACCUCCAUUCUCCCUCAGAGCCUGGCCUCCUUGAGAGCCAGUCUGGCUCAUCUUCACCACUCACCACCACACGGAUGCAUCUCCAGAGCCAUCAUCAUCCCACAUGCCAUCCACAGAGAACCCGGCCCCAAUCUACAUCCUCAACCAAACGGUCAUCUGCCUUACGUAGGCUUCCAAGGCUUUUCACCCACAGCAGAAGCCCAAAGUCACAGUCAAAUGAGAAACUCCUACGGACCUGUAGGUGAAGAUGGAGAGGCACUGGAUGGAGGGGCAGAUAUGCCGAGUCAUCACCUUUCAUCUGGGAAAUCGCAGGAAACGCCAUUGUCGCUAAACCCAGAAUCGACAACUACGUCUCCCGGGCCAGGUGGAUUAGAAACUGGGAUGGGCUCAGGGAGGGCGGCCACCUCAAACGCCCACAGUGGCCUCAAUGGAAGCAGAGCAGUGGACAACCAGCUCCAAGCUCUUCUCACAGAAGUGCAGUUCUUGGUAGAACGGGUUCGCGAGCAGGACCGCCAGCUCAGUUUGGCCGAGCAGUGGCAGUUCGCCGCAGCAGUCAUCGACCGAUUGUGUCUGGUCGGAUUCAGCGUCUUCAACAUCAUCUGCACCAUCGCCAUUCUCAUGGCCGCACCCAAUUUUGGAGAAUCUCUGGCCAAAGACUUCCUCUAAGAAGCAACCAGGAUUUUUUGCAAACGCAAUUUUGCCGUUUGACCAAGCAACAUAAAGGAAUCGUGAAAAUAUGAGAACUGCAUGCAAAGUGAGCAAUGUGGAAAUUGCGUGCAUGUACAUUUCCAUGUUAUUGGCUAUUAAAACAAAUUGUUUAGAUGUUCAA